AUUCCAAAAUCUUCCUCAUUUACAACACGGGUGCACAGGGCUGCCUGGAGACGAAGGACUCGCUGGUGAGACUGGCCAAGGGCUGCAACACCAGUACCCCAGCCCAGCAGUGGAAAUGGGUCUCAAGAAAUCGUCUCUUCAAUGUGGGGGCCAUGCAGUGCCUGGGGGUGUCAUGGCACGGGGCCAACACCACAGUGGCAGGGCUGCACCCUUUGGCCACCUACGAGUGUGACCGAGAGUCUGUCAACAUGCGCUGGAGCUGCCGCGGCCUCGGGGAGCAGCUCUCCCAACAUCUGGGUGCCCGACCAGGCAAUUCCUCCCUGGACAGGGGAGACCAGGCACAUGGCUCACAGUGGAGGACGUACGGCACCGAGGAGGAUCUGUGCUCCGUGCCCUACUCUGAGAUUUACACCAUCCAGGGCAACUCACAUGGGAAGCCGUGCACCAUCCCAUUCAAGUACGAUAACCAGUGGUUCCACGAGUGCACCAGCACAGGACGGGAGGACGGUCAUCUCUGGUGUGCCACCACCCAGGACUACGGCAAGGACGAGCGAUGGGGCUUCUGCCCCAUAAAGAGCAACGACUGCGAGACCUUUUGGGACAAGGACCACCUCACCAACAGCUGCUACCAGUUCAAUUUCCAGUCAACGCUGUCGUGGCGGGAGGCCUGGAAUAGUUGUGAGCAGCAAGGGGCCAACCUGCUCAGCAUCACCGAGAUCCACGAGCAGACUUACAUCAAUGGGCUGCUGACAGGGUACAGCUCCACACUCUGGAUUGGGCUCAAUGACCUGGACAUCAAUGGAGGCUGGCAGUGGUCGGACAACUCGCCCCUCAAGUACCUCAACUGGGAGAGCGACCAGCCAGACAACCCCAGCGAGGAGAACUGUGGGGUGAUCCGCACCGAGUCAUCUGGGGGGUGGCAGAACCGUGACUGCGGCAUCGCCCUCCCCUACGUCUGCAAGAAGAAGCCCAACGCCACCGCUGACCCCUUCCUGACAGACUCGUGGUCAGAGGUGAAGGUGGACUGUGAGCCCAGCUGGCAGCCCUUCCAGUCCAACUGCUACCGCCUGGUGGGAGAGAAGAAGAGUUGGCAGGAGGCGAAGAAGACCUGCCUGCGGAGCGGGGGGGACCUGGUCAGCAUCCACACCCUCUCCGAGCUGGAGUUUGUCACCAAGCAGGUCAAGCAAGAUGUGGAGGAGCUGUGGAUUGGCCUCAAUGACCUCAAGCUGCAGAUGAACUUUGAGUGGUCGGAUGGGACACCCGUGAGGUUCACCUACUGGCAUCCCUUUGAGCCCAACAACUUCCGUGACAGCCUGGAAGACUGCGUGACCAUCUGGGGACCAGAAGGAAGGUGGAAUGACAGCCCGUGCAACCAGACCCUGCCGUCCAUCUGCAAAAAACCUGGUCGGGUGAGCCAGGAGAAGGAGGAGGAUGACCAUGGGUGCCGAAAG